CUUGAGGGAACGAUAAUUCAUUAUUUAAUUUCAUUCAAACUUAACUUUAAUUUCAGUCUCAAAUUAUCUAUUAUAAACAUAACUACUGUCUUAAUAUCUACUGCAGACAUGCAGUUUGUUAAUUUAAUUAUCGCCUCAACCAUCUGUCUUUCAGCCCUAUCAAUUUAUAGACUUGUAAAUGCCUGUAAGUAUCCAACUAUAUUUAAUUUUUUACCAAUAUUUAUAUUUUUACAAAGCACUUAAUGAGAAAAUAUUAGGUAUUAAUACAACGUCGAUCUAAUCAUGUCGUCGGAUGAUUAUUUAAAACAUUAAUUACUAAAAAUCCAAAAUGCGUCUACAUAAACAUAAAUACAUAAAAAAAAAAAAAAAAAUUUAAAAACAACUUGUCUGCUUAAAUAACUGAUUAAAAAAGGGAAUUACAGAAAAUUACAGUUAUUUAAAUACUGUAAUUACUGACUAUUCAAUACAUUUUAACGGUUGUACGAACUAUUUAAAAUCAUACUCGCUUAAAACUAAAGAUAGUUAUUGUAUAAUAUUUCUCGAAUUAUUGUUUUCAGAUCCUCAAGGCACAAAGACACGGCCCACAAUUGAACCGAUAACCGAGACAUGUUUGAGAUGUAUUUGCGAAGCCACAUCAUCAUGUGACCUGAAACUAAAGUGUGACGAAAACGUAGACGGAGACCGAGACGUUUGUGGACCGUUCCGUAUUACGCAGCAGGAUUGGAUCUUUGGGAACUCACCAGUUUUGAAAGAAGAAGAUCGUAAUUUGACAGACAGACUCGGUAAAAUUUUAAAAUAAAACCUGUACGAUUAGUGCUAAUAGUUAUAAAGUUUCAACACGUGUAUAUAUAGGAUCGUAAAAAUGUAAUAUGUUAUUCCAAAAAAAAUUGAUUCUAAUUUCGAUAGGUAAAACUAAAUUAUCCAAUUUAUAACCGCGUGUAACACAUACUUAAAGGUUAAAAAGGGGGAAGGUAUUCCACUUUAUUUUGUAGGUAAGAUCUUGGUAUUUCGCAUGUGUGUGCAAUUAAUUUUAUAACACUUAUAAUAAGUCUAUAGAGUAUUUACUGAUGUGUAAUACAAAACAAUAAAUAAUUAUUUGUGUACGCCUCCUUUCAUAUUUUUUUCAGUAAAUUCCGAAUAUCCCGCGAAACUUUCUAACUUCAUUAGAAGGCGUUUAUUGUAACAAUAUAACUAACUGCUUUUCAAAUACAUUUUUUGAUAUUAAAAUUAAGUAUAAAUUAAUUAUUUAUUUAAAGUAACAAUCUAUUAUAAAAUGAAAUUAAAAUUAACUACAUGCAAUUUGAAGAAAUUGCAUAUAAUAUUUUAAAUAUGUACACAUAUACCACACACACACACUUUUAUAUGCUUAACGCACAUUUUAUUUUAUAUCUUGAUUGUAGUUUAAUAUAAACAGCAAAGUUACGGAUACCAAUAAUAUGUUGUGGUGCGUUUUCAGCAUUCUGGAGGUGUGCCAACGACUUGAAUUGUUCUAAAGAAGCCACCAAACAUUAUGUGACCAGAUACGCUCAGGUAAACUAUAUACAUAGCGAUCAACCCUCGAUAAGAUCCUCAUUAUCUUGGAAAGUAUAUACUCUUUCGGAAUUAUUAUUUUUUUUAAGAGUUUACGAAACAAGUAACUCUAAAUUUAACAUUUGAAUUAUAUUUUGUCAACCUUAUUUUAAGGGAUGAAACAAAUCUACACUUUUUAUUUUAGUUAAAAUACAUUUUGGUGUUGACAUAUUUAAUUUCCGUCAGCCUGUUGAUAGUAUAUUUCACUUUUAAGUUCAGGUAGGGGGAGAUUACUGUAGUACUAUUCAAAUUAUUUGUACAGUUUAGCUUUAGAAAUUAUGCUCAGUUACCACUCUCAUCCUAUAAAAAAUUUAAAAGUGGAAUAUCUCACAAACGAAUUUCAACACCAAUAAUGUAUCUAAAACGUCAUAUAUUUAUGGGAUUUUAAACAUGUGAUGUUAUUAAAAAUAGCAUACGAGAUUUUAAAAGUACUAGUCCCUUAAGUUGUCAAAAAAAAAUUUGCCGUUUUCAGAUUCUAUAAUAUUAUAUAAGCACACACAAAGAAAAGAACUGACACUGGGUUCCUCUGUUGUAUUUAGGAAGUUGGGAAGGUAGGAUAAAUAAAGUUAUUUAAUUUAUACCAGUAAGUAAUGAUAAACCAUUAAUAACGAAAAAUGAUUCGGAACGAAGUUCGAUUAUACUUGUUUUGAAAGGCCGUAAUAAAUACUAUUUUUGUCAUAAUUUAAUUUAAUAACUCGUGUAAGAAAAACAAAAUACUACAUUACAUUCAUUUUUUUACUGAUAUGUGAGACUUUUAAUGAACCUUCAGUCAAAUUAUCAAGCAUUUUUGUUUAGUCAAACAAUUUUGUCAACGGACUACCUACCAAAUAAAAAUGACGGUAAAAACUUAUAAAAUGUCUAUAAAUAUCUCAAAAAUGGCACAAAUGUUUUUAAAAAUUUUCCAAGUCUAAAAAAACAAAUAUAAAUUUCAUGUCAAAAUUUGAAGUAUAAGAAUAUUUUUAACUGAAUUAAACAAAAAAAAAAAUGAAAAUAAUAAAAGAAUUAUUUUCGUAAAUAUUCCCGUUCUUUCUAAGUUUUUUUCUGGUGUUUCUCAAUUAUUAUGAAAACUACUUGGAAAAUCAAAAACCGAAUGACUUAAUAAAUAAAUUAAAAAUACAAAAAAAACGGUUUCUUAUUGUCUUUUUACCGGAACAACAUUUUUGAUAAAAAACAUAAACUAUACAAAUUGAAAAUAAAGGAAUCUUAACGCCGUAGAUUUGUAAGUUUUCAUUUAGUUUUUUUGGUUUUCAUUAAUUAUUAUAAAAAAUAAACUUAAGGUAUUAAAAAUGACUUUUCUGUCAAAGGCUAUUUAUUAAAAAGAAACAAAAUCAGUAUAUUGUCAUUUUUCGUUCGGAGCAAUAUUUCUGAUAGAAAACAUAGUUUUGAAAAAUUAAAAUCAAUAAAAUCGGUAUCGCCGUUAAUAUUUGUCAUUUUACCUAUAAUUUUCUUUCUUGUUUUUCCCAAUUAUUUAAAAUAAAAAUUACUUGGAAAAUCAAAAUAUGACCACUCUACUGCACCAAUUUGAAAAAUCUACCUUUUAGAAAAUAAAAACCAUAACUAAAAUUUAUAAAUCACUACGAUCUGAAUAUUAAAAAAUUCCGAAAAUGUAAGUACUUUUCGAGAUAUUAAGAUAAUGUACUAUCGAGAAUUCAUCACACUAAAACGCGUACGAGAUUCGAAAUCUUCAUUGAUUAAUUCAUUCAUUUUUUGUACUUUAUUGUAAAUUAAAGGACUGUAACAACGACGGAGUCAUUAAUUGCUUAGAUUAUGCGUCCAUUCACAAAUUCGGUAUGGCAAGUUGCGAAAUUCCGUUAGACAAUGGGUAUAAGGAUAAAUACGAUGAAUGCUACAAGAAUAGAAAUAAUCGGCAAGAUGACGUCCAAGCGAAAAUGAUCAUUCCGCUGAACAAUAUGAACACAAAGAGGAAUAAUAGUGCAGAUUCAUUGAUUUUGGAAAAAGUGAUAAAUCAGCUAGUGGCAGAAAAGAUUUCAGGGGAGGGGAAUGUGAAGAAGAAUAUAGAAAAUAACAAAAACAAAGAUAAGAAUGAGAACAAGGAUAAGGAAAAAAACAAAGAUAUGGAUGAUGAGAGUACAGAGAAGGAUAUUAGUGUAUAUUCAAGAGAAUAUUUUUUGAAUUUAAAAAAGAAUAGAAAUCAGUCAGAGAGAAAGAACAUUCCAGGGGAGAUAAAUGCGAACAACGAUGAUUACAAGAACGAAGAUAAGAAUGCGAACAAGAAUAAGGACAAAGACGAGAAUAAAGAUGAUGAGGGUUCAAAAAAAUAUAUAAAGGCAUAUUCGGAAGAAUAUUACUUGAAAUUCAGAAUAUUGAUAAAUAAGUCAAUGGAAGAGAAAAUUUCAAAUGAAGAGAAUAAGGGCAAGAAUUUGAAAGAUGAUGGGAAUGAGAAAGAUGAUGAUGAUGAUGAAGAUGAAAAUGGGGAUGUAAACGAUGAUGAGGAUAAGAAAAACGACAAGGAUGUGAACGAGGACGAUGUUAAGGAUGAGGAAGAUAAUGAUGAAGAUGAGAAUGGGGAUGAAGAUGAUGAUGACGAGGAUGAGGACGAUAAUGAAGAUGAAGACGAUGAUGAUGAUGAUGAUGAUGAUGAAAAUGAUGAUGAAGAAGAUGAUGAGGAUGAAGAUGUUAAAGAUAAGGAUAAAGACAAGGAUAAGGACAAGAAUGAAGACAAAGAUAUGAACGAGGAUGAGGACGAUGAUGAUGAUGAUGAUGAUUAUGAUGAAGAUGAUGAUGAGGAAGAUGAUGAUGGCGAGGAUGAGGACGAUAAUGAAGAUGAAGACGAUGAUGAUGAUGAUGAUGAUGAAAAUGAUGAUGAAGAAGAUGAUGAGGAUGAAGAUGUUAAAGAUAAGGAUAAAAACAAGGAUAAGGACAAGAAUGAAGACAAAGAUAUGAACGAGGAUGAGGACGGUGAUGAUGAUGAUGAUGAUGAUUAUGAUGAAGAUGAUGAUGAGGAAGAUGAUGAUGACGAGGAUGAGGAUGAAGAAUAUGAUUAUGACGAGGAUGAUAAAGAUAAGGAUGAGGACAAUGGCGAGGGAAAGUAUGAGGAAAAGAGAAUUUCCUAUUAGGAAUAUUAUGCAAAGUAAUAUGAAUAUGAUUCAAAUAGUAUGAAUUUAAAUUGUCAUGAACGUUUUGGUAACAUGUUUGGAACAAAAAAAUAAUAAAGAGUGAUUAUAACGAUUUGUGAAAUAACAAUAUGGAUAAAAAUACUCCCUCACUUCCCCCAUGUGAAUACGCCCAUAGUAUUAGUAGAACAUACCUGUGUUAUAAAGAUAAUUUAAAUAAUUCAUUAUAAUAUUAUUAUAUAACUCUACAAAUAACUACAAGAUUAAUAAAUUAACAUUUCUUUUUGUUUCCUCGAAAAUGUAUUAGCCUUCCUAUUUUGUCUUAUAAAAUUACAUCCUAUUUCAUUUUCUUGAUUAGUAUUUUUAUCAAUUAAAUUGAGAAGUUAAAGUUAUCUUAAAGUAUUAUUUAUAUUAUAUUUAUAUUAAGUCCUUUAGUUUUCAUAAUUUUGUUUCUGGAGGGUAUGUAUCUACUAUGUUUUAAAUUGGGAAAUGUUAAAUGUUAUUCUUUAUUCAAAAUUUUAAUCUGUUUCUGUUUUUCUUUGUUUACAUUUAAUAGUAUUUAAAUACUAUUCAAUAUAUAUUUAUAUAUUAUAUUUGAAAGUAGGUUUUAUUCUUUAAUAAAAAAAAAUUGGAAUUGCAAGUUUUUUUAAAGACCAUUUGGAUCUAUCUAAAACAUGAUGCCUCAAUCGGUUGCAUCUUAGUAUUCCACCAUGCCAUACGAUCUUAAAUUUUCCCUUAAUCUGUCCAAUCGUCUUUGAGAUGCAAUCUUGGAAAUUGAUUAUCAUGUCCUCAUCUCGAUAUUCGUCUAAGUAAUCCUUCCGGUACAUACAUUGGUAAAUUAUAACAAUAAAAUAAUUUAAUAUACGAAUUACGAAUGUUAGGUAGGUAUAGAUUAAGUGUUUAUUUUCUUCAAUUACAGGUAGGUAUUAUUUAUAAGUCAUAAAUUAUUUUGUUAACCUUUCAAUAUCAGCUUACGUCAAACCUACAUUAAAAUUUAAUUAUUUACUGUGAAAUUUAUGAACCUGAAUGUAAAUGUCGUACUUAUCGAUUGCAUAUAAAAUCACCGUGUCCAAUUCCGAUUUAAUUGAUAAAAUUGUAAAAAUAGAAAAAAAAAUCAUUGACAACGAAUCAACGUAAGUUCAAUACGAUAAUAUAUGAAAUGGCAGUAAUUUCGCUAUUUACUUCCUGUACAUAUGCAUAGAACUGUAAUAUAGGAUAUCAUAGUGAAGCCAAAAACUUGUUUUUCUAUAAGUCGGUUUGGUUUCGUGGUGAAAUAAAUUGAUAGUUGUUGAUACAAUGACACGUACUUAUAAAACAUAGAAAACGGAAUAUUAAAUAAUGCGAUUUAAAUAAAAUAUUAUACCGAUGUGAUGUUUAU